CUACCUGGCUUGUUUUCUUUAAGUUUCAGAGGUUAAAAAGUUUGGUAUAAUGGCACCUGCAGCUUAUGAUUUUCAUUAUACACCGAACACAGUGUGUGUAAUGGAAGCCUCCGGCCACCUCGGCUCCACCCUGGUUCAGCGGCUUCUCCAAAGAGGUUACACCGUCCACGUUGUUAUUCAAAACAAUGGCCAUUUGAAAUUGAAUAAACUUUGUGGCGAUUAUAACAAGAAGCUGAAGAUUUUUAAAGCGGACCCGUUUGAUUAUCACAGCAUUGUUGAAGCGUUGAGAGGUUGUUCUGGUUUGUUUUACACGUUUGAGGCUCCACAAGAUCAAACCACAUAUGAUGAAUUUACUGCUGAAGAGGAAGUGAGAGCGGCUCACAAUGUGCUAGAAGCCUGCGCACAAACAGAAAAAAUCGACAAAGUUGUAUUCACAUCUUCAGCAACUGCUGUUUUCUGGAGAGACGACCACAAUUCAACUUCAUCAUAUUUCGAUGAAAGACAUUGGAGUGAUAUUAACUUUUGUCGAAAAUAUAAGUUGUGGUACGGCCUGGCAAAGACACUGGCGGAGAAGACAGCUUGGGCGUUGGCGAUGGAUAGGGGGUUGAAUAUGGUGAGUAUCAAUGGAGGAUUGUUGAUGACUCCGGAUUUGUCAAUAAGGAAUCAGUAUUUGAAAGGAGCAUUAGAGAUGUACGAAGAUGGAAUAUUCGUGACAGCCGAUAUAGAUUUCUUGGUUGACUCCCACAUAUGUGUUUUCGAAGAUGCUUCAUCUUAUGGGCGAUAUUUAUGCUUUAACAGCGUUCUUAAUAAGCCUGAAGACGCCUUCAAGUUCGCUUCCAUGAUAACACAUUGCGCGCCUUCGUUACCUCCGAGCAGCAAUGAGCAAGAGACGAGGAUCAUUCAACCGAAAAUAAGCAGCAAGAAAUUGAACAAGUUGAUGUUGGAGUCCGGGAGUCGAUCACAGAGAUGAUGAAUUGAAACGUAUAACAUAUGAUUGUGUUAAAUGGUUGGAUAGAUGGAUUAUAUUUGAAUUUGGUAAUAAAAUAUUGC